CUAUGUGCGAACUACUGUCGUAUCAUCCAGUGUAUCCUGAACGAGGAUCCGUAUAGCAAACACAGCCUACAUACUCGUCUGUCCUCCUUCACCGGUGAUGUUUGUUCCUUGUGAAUGCUCUGCUUCCAAAUGCUAGUCGCUGGUAUCGAACGGCUGGAACCGAGUGAUCGCGUGCUGGCGCUCAUACCGAAUAUAUCCAGGAUAGCCUAUUCACCAUUUGACUGGGAUUCUUAGCCUAAAGAAGACGCGGAUACACAGUAAAUAUUUUAAACAUUCGGUUCCCGUCGAUUAUUUCUGAGAAUUCAAGCCGGUUCCAGAGUGGAGGAUGAAUACCAUACGACAGGUGCCUUUAAGGGUGAAAAGCAAGAGAACAGAAACGAAUUUAGGAGCUGAGAGAGAACAUUUCGACAAACAGCAGCUGAGCAGCAUCAGCAAAGCCAUCAACACUGCAGAGACCCCUGUGAAGGAAAAGCAUGCUCGCCGGAUUAUUCUGGGGACCCACAGGGAGAAGGGAGCGUUCACCUUCUGGUCCUACGCCCUGGGCAUCCCUCUGGCCAGCAACUCCAUCCUCAGCUGGAAGUUCUGUCACGUGGUGCACAAAGUGCUCCGUGACGGCCACCACAAUGUAAGGCCUCCCCCCAGUCUCCCUCAGCCUCCCCCCGGCCUCCCCUCAGCCUCCCCCCAGCCUCCUUCAGCCUCCCUCAGCCCUGGUCCUCCUGUCCAGCAUGUUCUAGAUGUUUCCCCUCUUCAAACACACCUGGUUUGCUUCACCCUGCCCCUCCUUCCUAACUUGGAACUUAUUUGCACUAGUCAAAUACUCUUAAUGGACCAAUCAAACAACAGUACUGAGAUAGCAAUGAACUAACCACUCUCAGACUCCGCCCUGAGAACGAUCUCUUUUCACGCUGGUCCUGUCGGGGUCAUCAGAGCGACUUAAUCGAAAGGACUGUUUGU